CUUGCGACUAUUGUUUCAUAAUUAAUGACUCAUGAGUGUGAAUGAGACCAUCCAAAGACCAACUUUCCCUCUCGUCCUUUUUCUUAGCAGUUCGCACCAAAAACCCCCCCAAGAAGAUUCAAACCGAAGACUUAAAUUCCAGUCAACUUCCACACCCCAUAAGCAACGCCAAUACGCCAUUGGCGGGCAGACAUUUCCCAAGGUUUCCUUAGCUCCAUCCUUAGCCCUCAAGGCAGGCUUCAUGGCUUGAUCAUGGGCAAUACCUGCACCACCUGCCAGUACCUGGGCGGGAAGCUGAAUUGUCGUCGCGCCAAGAGGGAUGCUGACGCCGCUGCCGAAACUGCCGACCUCUUCUUCGGCCUCCGUACGCUUCAAGUUGCCACCAAUUUGUUCUCCGACUUGAACCAGCUCGGUCAUGGCGGCUUCGGUCCCGUCUACAAGAGCUGUUGUCAGGGGUUGAUUCCGAAUGGCCAAGAAAUCGCAGUGAAGAAGCUCUCCUCAACUUCAAGACAAGGAGUGAGGGAGUUCACUAAUGAGGUGAAGUUGUUGUUGAGGAUCCAACACAGGAAUCUAGUUACAUUGUUGGGUUGCUGUGUAGAAGGCCCUGAGAAGAUGCUUGUUUAUGAGUAUCUGCCAAACAAAAGCCUCGAUUACUUCCUCUUUGAUAAAAAGAAGGCUUCUUCACUGGAUUGGACAACUAGAUUCCAUAUAAUUACAGGGGUGGCGAGGGGACUUCUUUAUCUACACGAAGAAGCCCCCUUGAGAAUCCUCCACAGAGAUAUCAAAGCCAGUAAUAUAUUGUUGGAUGAAAAACUGAGACCAAAGAUAUCGGAUUUCGGCCUUGCCAGGCUGUUUCCAGAGGAAGACACACAUGUGAACACAUUUAGGAUAUCUGGUACUCAUGGUUACAUGGCCCCAGAGUAUGCAAUGCAUGGAUAUCUUUCUGUCAAGACAGAUGUCUUCAGUUAUGGUAUUCUAGUCUUAGAAAUCGUAAGUGGGAGGAAGAAUCUUGAUCCCAGGCUCGGCCCGGACCAUGCUGAUCUCUUGAAUUCUGCAUGGAAACUCUACCAAGCAGGAAAGACAUUGGAGCUACUUGACCCUAGCCUUGGCGACCAUUAUAACACAGAUGAAGUGGGGAUGUGCAUUAUAAUAGGGUUGCUAUGCUGUCAACAAAUUGUUGUCGACAGGCCUGACAUGAACUCAGUUCAUCUCAUGCUUUCGAGCGACUCGUUUACUUUACCAACACCAGGCAAACCUGGCCUGCAAGGCCGAACAGGAAGAUGGACAUCUACCAAUGGCACCACUUCUGCUUUGACCAACACUAACCCUACUAGCACUACGGAAUCCGGUGGUAGCAGAGGCUCUGGAGGGAACAGCAUUAACGUUGUUGAGGAUUAUUCCCGAAACUCCAUCUCUGUCUCCUCCAUUGAUGAAGGUAGAUAAAUUAGGGGUCAAAGUGUAGAUGUUUAUGUAAAGAAUCAAUUGUUCUUGGUUUGUGUUAAUAAGCCUGUUUCCAUUAUCAUUCUGUAGUUGCUAGUUCAGCAGUCUAGUCUCUAGUGAGUUGUACAAGUUACCUGUUGUGGACUUCAUCGGAUGCUUUUGCCAACAUCUACAGUUUCAGUAAAAAAAUCUUUAUUUUUUAGUGGUUUA